AUGGGUUGUACUCAAUCAACUGAGGAUUCAGCGGCGAAAGCUCGUAAUGAUGAAAUCGAAGAACAACUUCGAAGAGAUCGUCAGAAUCUGAGAAAUGAGAUCAAAAUGUUAUUACUGGGUGCUGGUGAAUCUGGCAAAUCCACCGUGCUCAAGCAAAUGAGGUUGAUUUAUAACAAACCAUACGAUGCAGAAGAACGUGAUUCGUAUCGAGAAAUCGUCUACUCCAACACUAUCCAAUCCAUGAGAGUCUUACUGGAGGGUGUACAACUCAUGGGAUUACCUAUCGAUCCUGCCAAUCAACAUCGUUGGGAUCUCAUCAUGGAUGCUCCGGCACAAAUCGAAGGUGAUCAAAUGCCCCCGAAACUUGCCGACGCAGUCAUUUGUCUCUGGCAAGAUCCUGGUGUUAGACAUGCUUUUGAGAGGAGGAACGAGCUUCAGUUGAAUGAUUCAGCACCCUACUACUUUGACGCUAUUCAUCGUAUCUCCACCCCCGAUUACAUGCCGACUGAUCAAGACAUUCUCCGGGCUCGUGUCAAAACAACCGGUAUAACGGAGACCUUCUUCCAGAUCGGUGAAUUAACCUACAAAAUCUUCGAUGUCGGUGGACAACGUUCGGAGCGUCGAAAAUGGCUCAACUGUUUUGACUGUGUUACUGCUUUGGUUUUCCUCAUCGCUAUCAGCGAAUACGAUCAAAGACUGUACGAAGACGAAACCGUCAACCGGAUGCAAGAAGCCAUGACACUCUUCGAAUCCGUAGCCAACAGCCGAUGGUUUGUCAAGACUUCCAUCAUCCUAUUCCUCAACAAGAUUGAUCUGUUCCGUGCCAAACUUCCUCAUUCCCCUCUGUCAAACACUUUCCCAGAUUACAAAGGCGGCGCAAAUUACGACGCUGCUUGCGCCUUUUUGCUUGAGAAAUUCGUGGGAUUGAACAAGAAUCUCACAAAAUCUAUCUACGCCCAUUACACAGAUGCAACAGAUACGAGGGCUUUAGCUUUCGUCAUCUCCGCCAUCAAUGACGUCAUUAUCCAGGUCAAUCUUCGUGAUUGUGGUCUUCUUUGA